AUGCUAAGCAAAGCCAAGAAAGGUUCUCACAUUCGCACAAGAGAUAAUAUGGGGUUUGAAAUGAAAAGGCUUAGGUUUAAGUGCCCCCCAAAGAACUGGGAGCUAGGUCGUGGUCUGGAGAUGGAGACGGCCAUCAGGAGCACUCCACUCGACUUUGUGUCACUCGAUCGAGCUUGCUCUUGCUCGAUCGAGUUGUGCCUCGAGUUGGCUCUUCCUUCCUAA